UGACUAAUUUUAGCUCCUUCCCAGAGUUUACACUUCAUGAGAGAAAGCCAGUGACAAAUGCAAUCAGGAUAAUGUGUUAUUAAGCACAUGGGAAUUGGGCGAAAAAAGAAAAUUCGAAUGGCUAAGUGCGGAGAGUGUUUUCCCCACACCGUUAGAGUCACUGAGACAUACAGGUUAUAAGACAGGGUCAUCAUGACCGGUGUGACUGUGUGUUUCGGGACGGUGAACUCAGUCAAAGCUUUAUGGGAAACUAGGAUAAAGAAGAACAAGGAGGAGUUGAACAGAGAGAAAAAGCAGAGGGACAGAGCGACUGUGGGAAGAUUGACUGGGACAUGGGAGGAUCGGAUCACCUUGGCUAAGUUAAAAGAAAAAAUUGUGACCGAGGAUGGAAGGAUCAUCCUACGCAUCGAAAACGAGGAGUGGAAGACUCUUCCUGCAGCUCUGGUCCAGCUCUCUCAGCUUCAGGAAUGGCAGCUUCACCGAACAGGGCUUCAGAAGAUACCUCGCUUUAUCUCCAGCUUUCAGAGUCUUAUUGUUCUCGACCUUUCACGCAACGCAAUCACAGAAAUUCCUAAAGAAAUUGGUAAACUAACCCGGCUACGAGAGCUACUUGUGAGUUACAACAGACUGAACGUCGUCCCGGAGGAGUUGUGCAGCUGCGAGUGUUUGGAGAGACUGGAACUGGCAAUGAACCGGGAUCUAGAUGAGCUUCCACAACAGUUCAGCAAUUUGAAGAAACUACACCACCUGGACCUCUCAAUGAAUCGGUUCAGCACAAUUCCCGAGUGUGUAGUAAAUCUUCCGGCUCUCGAGUGGUUGGACAUGGGCGGGAACCAAAUGGAGCACUUACCAGAUGAUAUUCACAAGAUGGAGAAGCUGCACACACUGUGGCUCCAAAGAAACGAUUUGGAGUAUCUGCCAGACAACAUCAGCCGCAUGCACAACCUGGACACGCUGGUGCUCAGCAAGAACAAGCUCAGAGACAUUCCUCCACUGAUGGAGGGCAUGUCCAACCUCAGGUUUGUAAAUUUCCGAGACAACCCUCUGACAUACGACGUGACUCUUCCUGACCUAAAAGAGGACGUGGCCGAAGAGGACAACGAUAGGGAGAUGUUCGGCCGAGAAUUCAUGCACCAUUAUAUCCACGAAGCCCGCAAAAGAGGAUCGCAGACUUACAUGUCAGUGCUAAAUGUGACGCUGGACGGUUCGAUAGACGAAGUGGCGUGACACGUUCCUGCAUGCUGGCUGAUACUGGUGCUUUCUGUCCUGAUGAUCCCGUCCUGUCCUGUCCUGUCUGUCC